CAUUUAAAAUAAUCAGUAUUACUUACAUUGCCGUUUAGUUACGAAAGAGUUAGAACGUAGAAUCAAAUUGUUUCUUUCUUCUUCAAUAUUUAAAUCAAAAAUGAAAAUAAAAAUUCUUCUUUUUUUCACUAUUCUCGCAUUAAUAAAUGUUAAAGCGCAAGAUGAUAUUUCAAAAUUUUUAACGGAUAGACCAUAUGUACAAAAACAACUUCAUUGUAUUUUGGAUCGGGGACAUUGUGAUGUAAUUGGAAAGAAAAUUAAAGAAUUGUUGCCAGAAGUGUUGAACAAUCAUUGCAAUCGAUGCACGUCACGACAAGUUGGAAUUGCAAAUACAUUAAUACCUUUUAUGCAACAAAAUUAUCCCUAUGAAUGGCAGUUGAUUUUACGACGUUAUAAAAUAAUGAAAUAUUAUUAAUAUCAAAGAUAUUAGUAUGAAAAUUAAAAAACUCAAGAUAAUAACAAUUGACGAUGGAACAACUCAUUGAUAAUAUCAUAAGAUGUUCUUAAAUUUUGAAAUGACGUUAAAUAAAUUUUUCAUAAUAUUAAUAAUUUUAAUAUUAAAAAUUUUAAAUAUCGUUAAUAUCUAUAAUAUUACUUGUAACUUUGU